CAGCGGUAGCUGCCAUGGCCUCCGCCUUCAGGGACCGCACCUCCGAGUUCCGGUCGGUGACGGAGACUCUCAAGAAGAAGAUCGGAGCCCCCACUCCGCCACCGUUGCCUAACCAACCGGAAAAUGCUCCCUCCUCCACCGACUCUCCGGUUCCAAAUUCCAGAUCCGAAUUCAACCGAAAGGCCUCUCGGAUCGGUUUGGGAAUCCACGAUACUUCACAGAAGAUCGCAAGGCUCGCCCAACUGGCGAAGAAAUCGUCGAUUUUCAAUGAUCCGAUUGUUGAGAUACAGGAACUGACGGCUGUGAUUAAGAACGAGAUCACGGCGCUGAACGCGGCUCUUUCGGAUUUACAGACGAUUCAGAACAUGGAGAUUGCUGAUGGGAUGUACUCGGAGGAUAGGGUUGUUCACUCCAAUGCCGUUUGUGAUGACUUGAAGAGCAGGCUCAUGGGCGCCACAAAGAAACUCCAAGAUGUCUUGACCACUAGAACAGAGAAUAUCAAGGCUCAUGAGAAUAGGAAGCAGAUAUUUUCCAAGAAUACAUCCAGAGAGAACCCUUUUCAGCAUCACCCAAAGCCAUCCCAUGUACCACCCCCAUGGUCGAAUUCAUUAAAUCCAUCUGAAGACUUGCAACAACAGUCAGCACUAACUUCAAAUGGAGUACCAGUUGGCAAUCAACUAAGACGAAGGUUAGCUGUGGACAAUGCUCCAACCCCCCAAAUGGAAAUGUCUAUGGUACAGCAGGUUGUUCCUCACCAAGAUAAUUAUGCUCAAAGUCGGGCAACUGCACUGCACAGUGUUGAAUCUACUAUCACAGAACUUAGUGGGAUCUUCACACAUUUGGCUACAAUGGUUGCCCAGCAAGGGGAACUAGCCAUCAGGAUUAAAUCUAUAUAACUGGCAUGGGCAGGAUCGAUGACAACAUGGAGGAAACAUUGGCAAAUGUUGAUGGAGCUCACAGUUCUUUAUUGAGGCAUCUUAACAGAAUAUCAUCAAAUAGGUGGCUUCUAAUUAAGAUAUUUGCUAUUUUGAUAUUUUUCCUAAUGAUCUUCAUAUUCUUUGUGGCCUAAUAUGCUUUCAUGUUCCAACAACGGGAGCUACUUCAUGGCCUACUUGGAUUUUGUUUGUCCCUCUACCGAGACAAAUGUGAGAGCUAAACGAAAAGUCAUACAUGUGAAGAUUGCCCUCUAUUUGCAUGUAGACAGGGCUCCACUGAACUGUAAAUUUCUGGAUUCCCAUAUAUAGUGUUUAGUAAACUAUAGGUGGCCCAUAUUAAGCAAGUUAGGUUCGAAUUAAACGAUUGUUUAGCAAACUGAUACAUAAUCUCAAGGUUGUUGAAGAAGGUGAGGGAGAUCUGUUGUGCAUAUAUUGCUGCAUACCUGUAUGUUACCGAAUUGGUGUUAACAUACUAGAAAUCAUGUGUUUCAAUUACUUCAAUAAUGUAAGAAGCUUUAGGGUAUUGUAAUAUCAUUGAUUUAUAUUUCUUUGAAUCUAAGGCGUCAAACAGAAUUAUUCUUCAUUAA